AUGGCCGACAACACGCACGAGCACGGCACAACCGCCGAUCAACUGCGCAAUCUGGCCGAACGACUGGAAAUGCGUCAGCAGCAGAUCGAAUUACACGAGAACAAGGCAAAGCAACACCAAGCCGCCGCCAAAGCCCACCUGGCGACCGCAACCUCGCUUUCCUUCGCCGCCGCCCACGCCAUCGCUUCAAAGACCUGCAAAGACCAAGGUCGUCAAGCCGAGGCUGAAGAACACUGGCUCGCGGCGGCAACGAUCGGGCGGUCGAAUGCGGCGAAGCUGAGCACGGAGAUGGCAUUUGGGAUGGGCGUGUCGCUCAUGUACAUGUCGAUGAUGCCGGUCGAGGCGUGCAAGUUUGACGUCAACGAGCUGGGGUCGCAUGAGCCUGAGUUCUGGAGGCAGACGGAGGAGCGGGCAGCGGCAUUGCUUGCGAUGGGUGGGGAGGAGCGCAAGGAGUCAUUUGAGAAGAUGGUGGCGGCGGAAGGCGAUCAGACGGCCUAG